CGGAAUAAGCUGUCAGUCUCGGGCGUUCAGAACGACUGCAGUCUCUACGGGGAGGCAGGCAGGCGAGGUUGGGCAGGAUGCGUGUUGCAAGGAGCGCUGUGGAAAAAUCUCGCUAGUGACCAGGAAAAGAAAAGCCAACCAAGGAAAACCCAACAGUUGAGGAAAAAGUGGUUCCAAGCUUGGUUCGUGGUGCAGUGUGUGUGUGUUUUUUGUGUUUUGUUGCGUGUUUAAAAAAAAGAAGCCAAAAAGAGCAGAACAAAAAGGAUAUUAUUGGCCCAAAUGGCGGCAUUGCCGUGAAGUGCUGGGCGUCGAGAUGUGGCUGCAGCGUUGCGGUUGUACUAACUGUGCAGAAAAACGGAUUGCAGCAACAUUCACCAGCCGUUGCCGUUGCCGAAAAUGGCCAGCAGGAACGGUGCCACCAACGACGGAUAAAAGGAAUUGAAAGGGGUAAAAAGUGUACACACCCUCGCACCGCUGAGUGUAGCCAGAGCCGAGCCAAAAAGAGAGGGAGCGAGAGAGAGAACGAGCACGAAAACCCGAAGGAACGCACCGAUAUAGAGGACGGAUUGGACGAUUGGCAAGAAAAAAGGGCGAAGAUUGGUACCCGCGCAGGGAUGCCGAAACCAACGGAGGAAAGCUUCGGUUCGCUCGGGAAGCCGGACUCGUCGCUGGACGAUGAUUUCGAGCUGGACGAGCUGGCCGUGUCCCGGAAGCCGCACUUUCUCGACUACGACAACAAACCGCCGGCCGAGCUGCUGGUCGAGCCGCACCACCGCUACUGGAAUGGGGUGAGGAAGGAGGUGGCCGGCGACCGGAAGCGUGAGCUGGACGUGGAGCAGGAGCAGCUGCAGCCCGAGGACCCGCUGGAGGUGGAGGAGCAGGACGAGGAGGAAGAGGGCGGGCAGCGUUUGGCCCGCCCGGUGGCGCCGCUGGUGUGCGAGCAGUCGCUGCUGUUCCAGCGGUCGAGCGCACCGGACGUGGCCGCCAUACCGCUGAUGAACGUGUCGUACGAUGUGCCGACGGCAACGGCCGGCACACUGAACAUGUUGCCGGGCAAGAAGCAACCGGCCGGGGUGAAUGGGGCGCGCGUUGGCAGUACCUGGCCGAUGAAGGAGCGGCCGAUCGGGGCGAUGUCGCCACGGCGACAGCCGCAGCAGCAGCAACCGCCACAGCCGCACUCCCUGAGCCGGGGGGAGCUGGGCGAGGUCGGCCCGAAGAUGGAGUGCGUGUACUCCCUGCUGUCGAUGCUCGGCUCGACCAACGUGCUCGAGAUGUCGUGCAAGUUUCUCGAGCUGUCGCGCAACGAGGAAAAGUGUUCGGCCCUGCGCCGGUCCGGCUGCGUGCCGCUGCUGGUGCACAUCAUCCACAACGAGCCGAACGAGGUGGCGCGCCGGAACGCGCGGCACGCGCUGGUAAACGUGGUGCGCUGCAACCUGGACGAAGGGUCGGCCCGGCGCGAGCUGAAGGUGCUGCGGCUGAUCGACCAGCUGAUCGACUACACCGACCUGCUGAAGGAGCAAACCGGACGCGACCGACCGGCCGAGGCGAAGGAGCAGCCGGCAAAGGAGCAGGAGGACGCAGCGCAGGACGAGGAGGAGGAGCAGGAGCGGAGCGUACCGAUCGUGGCGGAAGCUAGGGAGGCACCGGCGGUCCCGGGCACGGACCCGGAGCGCCACCCGAUACAGGCGAUCGGUACGCUGGCGAAGAUCAGCUACGACGAGGAGCACCGGCACGCGAUGUGCCAGUUCGGGGCGCUGCAAACGAUCGCGUCGCUCAUCCAGCUGGACCACCAGGCGCACGGGAGCGGUGCGCCCGACGCGCUCAAGUGCGUGGAGAUGCGCCGGUACGCCAGCAUGGUGCUGACGAACCUCACGUUCGGGCAGGGCAACAACAAGGCGCUGCUGUGCGCGAACCGCGACUUUAUGCGGGCGCUCGUGUCGCAGCUCGGCUGCACCGAGCUGGUGCAGGUGACCGCGUCCGUGCUGCGCAAUCUGUCCUGGCGGGCGGACACCAUCACCCGCCAGACGCUGGUCGAGAUCGAAACGGUGACGCUGCUGAUGGAGGCGGCGAUGCGCUGCACCGUCGAGAACACGCUCAAAUCGAUCCUGUCCGCGCUGUGGAACCUGUCGAACCACUGCGCCCAGAACCGGGCGAAGGUGUGCGAGGUGCCCGGUGCGCUCGAGUUCCUGAUCGAUCUGCUGUCGUACGAGGCGCCGAGCAAGACGUGGAGCAUCGUGGAGAACGCGGGCGGCAUACUGCGCAACGUGUCCAGCCACGUGGCGCAGUGCGAGCAGUAUCGGCGCGUGCUGCGCGACAAGCACGGGCUGAAGCUGCUGCUCGAUCAGCUCAAAUCGCCCAGCCUGACGGUGGUGAGCAAUGCGUGCGGCACGCUCGGCAACCUGUCGAGCGAAAACGAGCAGGAUCAGCGGUUUCUGCGCGAGCACGGCGCAGUCCCGAUGCUGCGCUCGCUCAUCUACAGCAAGCACAGCAUCAUCUCGAACGGGUCGCGGUUGGCGCUGAAGAAUUUGCAGCAGCAGCAGCAGCAGCAGCAGCAGCAAAGGCCAGCGGUGGUGACGGCGGUGCCGGCCGGCACCCUGCACGAACCACACCCGGAGGCGGCCUGGAAUGGGAAGGGCGGCGAGCAGCUGCCGGCCAAGGGCGGCUUGCCGGGCCUGAACGUGCGCAAGCAGCGCGCCAUGGAGCAGGAGCUGGGCUGCGCGUUCUACCGCAAGCAAGCCGAACCGGCCGGCCCGGGCGAGGAGCACCACGGCACGGCGGUGGGGGACGUGGCGUCCUCGCCCGACCCGGACCCGGAGCCGGAAACGCCCAUCAACUACGGGCUGACGGAGGAGCGGCUGCACCAGCACUCGUACGACUACCAGGAGACGGACAUCGACCAGCUGACGGACUACUCGCUGCGGUACGCCGAAAACCAGUCCGACUCGGAGGAGGAGGUGCAGGAGGUGGUGGAGGUGGAGGAGCAGGAGAAGGAGGCGGCAGGGGCGGCGGAGGCGUUUCGGCAUCGGGCGGCCGGCGCGACCGACCCGGCCGUGAACGUGCUGAUGCCGGAGGAUUCGGUCAAGUGCUACUACACCGAGGGAACGCCCCAGAUCAUCUCCAGCGCGACGUCGAUGAGCGAUCUGCGGGCGAAGCAGACGGAGCUGGAGCCGGGCGCGACGGAGCAAGCGACGGCGACAGUCGUGGUGGUGUUGGAGGGCGACGCAGCGAAGGGCGACGCGCGGGGCCCGGUGCGCAAGUCGAACCCGAUACCGAUCGAGCGGGCGCUGCCCGCCGGCGAUGAUCUGGGCUGCAACACGCCGGACAAACCGUUCAACUACUGCGAGGAAGGCACGCCGGACUUUAGUCGCGAGACGUCGCUCAGCAUCAUCGACCUGCAGGAGGAGAGCGACGGCGGCGUGCUGCAGCAGCAAGAGAAGGCGGACGAGGCGAAGCAGGAACAUCCGCAAUCGCCGCAGCAGCAGCAGCAGCAGCAGCAGCAGCAGCAGCAUCAGCAGCAGCAACAGCAGCAGCAACCGCAACCGCUGGUAAAGUCACCGACGGCGGCAUCGGUAGUGCUGGUGGACCCGACCGCCACCAUGCCCGGCACGCUCGGCAAGUCCGUAUCCUUUCUCAACACGGGCGCGGACGAGACGCCGCUCAUGUUUUCGCGCACCAGCUCGAUGGGCUCGCUGUCCAGCGCGGAACCGGCCUGCACCGACGACAAGAGCUCGAUCGUGAGCGAGUUCAGCCGGAUGGCGUCCGGCGUCAUGUCGCCGUCCGAGCUGCCCGACUCGCCGACGCAAACGAUACCGCACUCGCCGCACCCGCAGACGAAGCGCCCGAUGCUGCCGAAAACUUCCCCACCCGACGACGGCGGUGGCGGUGGCGGAGGUGGUGGAGGAGUCGGUGACGGCGUUGGUGCCGGUGUGCGUGGUGAUGGGGUGGGCGCGUUCGCCGACACGGUCAGCAAGUUUAACGUCGAGCACACGCCGGCCCAGUUCUCGUGCGCCACCAGCCUGAGCAACCUGAGCCUGCUGGAGGAGAAGGACGAGCGGCACAGGGACGAGGCGCAGCAGCAGCUGGAGGGAGGCGGCGGCGGCGGCGGCGGCGGUGGUGGUGGAGUGGUGACAAUUGCUUCCCAGCCGCCGGUGCUGCCGAACCCGGCCGAUGUGGUGCUGCUCGGCUGCAUGCUGAACGGGACGGCGGGCAACUCCAAUGGCGCCACGAUCGUCCCGACCCACGACGAAGGGCACGCCUCGGACGGCGACUCGGACGGGGGCGGCGGCGAGGACGACGAGCUGCUCGCGUCCUGCAUCAGCAUCGGCAUGAGCAGCGUGGUGGCCCGCAGUGCCGCCAAGCACCAGCAGCACCAGCAGAACAGUUCCUUCCCGACGAUCGCCACAAUGCAGCGCCAGUACGACGGCAACGCGGACGGGGGGCACGAUUCGGACGACAGCUCGAACCUCGACUCGGACAACAACGACCGGCUGCUGGAGGAGUGCAUCCUGAGCGGCAUGCCGAAGCCGAAGCAGCCGCUGCAUCCGCUGCUGCCGCCGGGCGGGCCGGUGCUGAAGGAGCACCCGUUCAAGAUGAUGCGCACCAAUCACAGCCAUCCGCUGCUGGCGGCGCCCGCGAAUGACGAGCUCAACCCGUACUACAUCGAGGACAGCCCGUGCAACUUCUCCACCGUGUCCGCCCUGUCCGACCUGACGAUGGCGUCCGACACGAUGGCGACACCGAUGCGCGACAAGUCGCUCGAAAGCAUGGAUCGCAAGCUAAUAGAUUCGCUGGUGAAGGAGGGUUUCCCGAAAAAGCGCGAAAUUGCCGUCGUCAGCUCACCGUCGGUCGAAUCCGAAACGGACGAACAUCUGCUGGACGAAGCGAUCGCGGCGGGAAUCACGGGCAAAGGUCAGCAAGUGCGUGGGGACCAGACCGGUUCAGCGAGGCAGCCCGACACGGACAUGUUUGGGGGUGGAGCUCGCGAUGAGCUGAUGGCGGUACGCAAUCGACCGUCAGCGGGCGGUUGGGAUUCGCCACCGCGACACCGGCGCACCAACCACGACCACGACGACGACGAUGACGACGAGUCGGAGCAGGAGGAAGACUACCAGCUGCUGGUGGAGUGCAUCCAGAAGGGCAUGCGACCGCCGUCGGCGCACGGUGGGAGGCUGCGGGACGACGGGCCGGCACCACCGGCGACCCAACAGGACGGGGACGAGCACCAGUGGCCCCUGGGGCCGCACGGACUGCAGCGUACGCACGUGCCCGCCGCCACCGCCGCCACCCUGCCGAAGCAGUCGUCUUCGCAUCCAAAAAACGUGCAAACUACGCCUGCGAUGUCGAAGGAUGUCGGUGCCUUCGAAGUAUCGCCAGGCGUAGGAAACAGAGCAAACCGUUCACCAUCGGGCCGGCCAGCCAGCGCUGGGGCGAAACAGUCGCCGGCGGGCCAUUCGCAACCGGAUACGUCCGGCAGCACCGACACCACCAUCCGGCCCAGCCGGCGGCCGUCGUCGCCGUCGAGCACGGCCGGCAGCAUCGGGGGGGCCCUUCCCGCGGCCACGACCACCGGGGCCGGGGCCCAAGGGCAGCCGGCAGCGGCGGCGGAACCGACCACACCUUCCGCCCGCACAGUCCCGAUUGGGUGUGAGGUAGUGCGGGCAGGGAACGGCACGAUGCGGCAGGACGAGCGUGACGGGGGAACGUGCGCGAAGCACAAGGACCCGGAACGGAUGCUCCAGUCGGUCGAGCGGCUCACCCAGGAGCUGGUGGCGCAGGUGGAGGAGUGGCACGUGCGGGCCGCCAACCCGGUGCCGGACGGUCCCGAAGCGGACGACGAGCUGGUUGCGGUCGAGCCGGCGGGCAUACAGUUCAAGAUCGGCGAGAAGGUGACGAGCGUUUAUUGCGACUCCGCCCUCAAGCUGGAACCCAUGCUGCAGGACGAGUCGCAACUGGAGCUGGUGGACGCGGAGGGCAAUCUGGACAGCGUGGAACCACCGUCGAUUUUGUACCAGAUGUCGAUGCAGCCCGUGCCGCGCCAUGAAGCGGUGGUGAGCACGCUGAACGCCGAUUGUCUGGCACCGAUCAGCGAGCAGACGGCCACAGCGGGUGGUAGACCGGUGGCGAUGACGAACGGCACACCGAAAAAGCAGCUCACCAUGCACGCGACCAACAAUAAAACGCGAUUGGAAGAUUUGAAGGGGAAAACUAACAAACAUCCGGAGCCAAAAAGCCCCAAGAAGGAUCCAGCCCGCGCGAAGAUUGCGAAACCGGUCGUCGAGAGCGUGGCGAAGGUGGCACGGGGCCGUCCAGCGGCGCCAAUCGUCACCGGCCGACCCAAGGCCAGCUCCGCCACGAGCAGUCCCACCCAUCGGCCGUCGCCGAAACGGUUCGCUUCGGUGAACGGCCCGCGGGUGACGCCGAAGCCCGUCAAAAAGGCGCCUGCCGAGGCAGCAGUAGCAGCAGUUGCUGUAAGCAAACCGGCUGCCAAACCAACCACCGUCACGCUGGUGCGCCAGGGCACGUUCGUGCUGGAAGAACCGACGCUCUCGGUGCACGUGCCGAAGGUGCUAACCGAUCCGGCACCGGCGGCCGGCCCGGAGCGCAGACUAUCCGCGGGCGGGGCAGGCAAACUGGGCGAAUCGAAGAUACCGCUGCCGAGGGGGCUGAAGGAGCGGGCCGACGCCAAGCCGCUGCCGGCCAGGGUGAGCCGCAUUCCCCCUCCAAAGCGUACCGCGCUGGGGAAAGAGUCUUCCCGCUCCGUGCUGCACAAGUAAGCGGGCGAUGCGCACGGCCACGGCCCGUUGUGGCGGCCUUCGAAUCGUGUCGCUGACAGCAAACCAACGCUCACCUAGUGGUAGUAGUUUACUGCAUUACAUAUUAUCAGCUUAGCUUAUGGAAUUCUUGCAAUAAUCAUUACUUGAUGGGAACCAAUAUUCUAGUCCGUUUGAUCGAUUUUAUUCCGCGCGUCCAAUGCCAUCCAGUGGAUGAAUGAAUGAACUUUUGCCUCUAUUCCUAUUCCCUAUUGAAGCAAAACAAAUAGUUACAACGUUUCGGCAUGCCCUCUGCACGCAAGCAGGAACGCCACGCCACGAGCUGUUAGUAAGAAUUGAUUUACCCUUAAAAGCCAACAAACAUCCUCAUGAUCUACAAUCGACGUUAAGUUACCGCGUCUUCGCGCGCAUAUGAUAUUCCGCUAAUGUUUUAUUUAAUUUAUAAUUUUCUACUGCGAGCUUACCGCUUACUGCACGCCAACUAGUUAAUCAAAAAAAAAAAAAGAAACCAACAAACAAAACAGAAACAACCGAUAUGCUAAAUUAUAGAGCGUUUCUAUUUGCGAGCCAGCGCUGGUUAAGCAGUGUUGGCUGGUAGUGAAUGCGUUUAGGAUUAGAGUCUACUAUAUGUCGAAUUCAGGUAUGCGUGGUAAUAUUACACAGUGCAUUGAAGUUAAGUACAGCAUGAGACCACGGCUGCCCAAUGCGAUGCGUAUCAAGCUGGUCAGCGGUCAGUAGGAUUAGCAAAGUCUCUCGUAAAACAUAAAUUGCAAAUUUAAAUGAAAA